GAGGAUGAGGAUAUUGAUGCUUUAGUAAAUCAAACAACAUCGCCUUGCAUUACAGGUGUUGCGGGUGAUCCAUACCCGGAUCCUGUUUAUAUCGCCGUGGAAGGAUCAGUUCUUGGUCAAAUAUUGGAUUUACUAGCUUCAGCGGCCCAACUACCUUUGGCAUUCAUAGCAGUCUAUUAUGUUUUCAACAAACACUAUCCGCUAUACUCAAAUGUAUAUCCUUUUCUUGAGGUGAUUCUAUUCAAUAACAAGGACAUUAUCAGGAACAAAGCUGUUGUUCACAAAGUUAUAUCCGCCUUAACAUAAACUCUUAGUAUAUACAUUUGACUCUCAUUGAACGUUGUUUAAAUUAACUUAUUUUCACUUGUUUAAUUCAGUAAUUUGCACUUAACUAUUUUUAGUUAUUUGCAUUUGAUUUUAAAAUGUACAAAACGUUUAUAUGUACAUAUGUUUUUAUAGAAUAAAUCUUGAUCUUGUUCCAUAAUUAUAUUGUUACUGAAAUUAUAUAUAUGCAUUCCUAUUAAGGUAAACAGGUGUGCGGGUUGCGAUAAGGUGGACUUGAAUGAUGUUGUUUCUUGCACUUCACUUGGUGGAAUUAUUAUUAGAAUGUUAGGGUUUGCAUGUAAUCCAAGUGAUUAUAUACAUUUUAAGACCUGACCAGGAACGACUGCAAAAAAUGCAGCACAAGGUCCUCUGGUAGGAAUUGAAGCUACGGCCCUGCGAUUCCGGUGCAGCGCUCUAACCAACUGAGCUACAGAGGCCAGCUGUUGAGCUGUAACCGUAAGUUCAUGUACACCAUCUAAAACGUUUUAUAAUAGAGCUGUUUAUUCAUGCAGCUUAUAUUGUGGUAUUGCAUUGUUUUUCACCGCUUUUAGUUAAUACAAGCGCUUUUAACCAUUGUUUUAACUCUAAUAUUGCAAACAUUUUAGCUCUAGCAGACUAACAGAGAGUUAAAUAAACUCAGUCGUCAUGUGAAGUAAAAAGGACUCUUAAGCAUUGUUUUAACUCUAAUUUUGCAAUCAUUUUGGCUCUAGCAGAGAGUUAUAUGAACUCCUCAUGUGAAGUAGAAAUGACUCUUAAGCGUUGUUUUAACUCUAAUUUUGCAACCAUUUUAGCUCUAGCAGAGAGUUAUAUAAACUCCUCAUGUGAAGUAGAAAUGACUCUUAAGCGUUGUUUUAACUCUAGUUUUGCAACCAUUUUAGCUCUAGCAGAGGGUUAUAUAAACUCCUCAUGUGAACUAGAAAUGACUCUUUAUAUCUGUCUUUAUACCAAGUUGCCAGAUCGAUUUACUGCUUUGGUGGCCAUCUUCAGUUAUAAACACCCUAACUUUGAAAGAAUACCGAUAAUAUUGUGCUCUCUGAAAAUAAAAUUUGGUCUUGUUACAUGAUAUCGUAAUUCAACGUGUGUCAAAAUUGUAACACGCAAUUAUCCUUAAAAAUCAAAUUUGCAUGCGCGAUAAAUCGCGCACCCAGAUUCAUGUGGAUCGCGCGCCCCCAGAGGAAAGCCCUGGUAUUGACACAAUUUGGAUUUCAACCAAAUAUUGACAUUUUUGCAUCACACCUUAAUGCACAAUUUCCCACCUAUGUGUCAUACAGACCUGACCCAGGUGCAAUCGCGGUUGAUGCGUUCACAUUAAACCUAGCUAAAUUCCAGUUCUAUGCUUUUCCUCCAUUUAGUGUCAUAGCAACAUUACAAAAAAUGCAGGAGGAAGGAGCGAUGGGGAUAGUGGUAGUGCCAGACUGGCCAACACAAUCCUG